UAGGCUCAACAACUCUUUUGCCGGGUGGAUAAUUUUUUCACACUAGAAAUUUUUGGAGAAGAUUUACGGGAAGCGUAUUCAAUGGGGAAUAUGUGGAAGUAUUUUAUAUUUAUUUUCUUUGCUAUUCAAGUCUCAGACGCAGUAUUGGAGACCGAUGCUAAUACCCUAGUGUUACUGGACAAUUUGGCCAUUCGUGAAACACAUUCUAUUUUCUUCAAAUCUUUGCAAGAACGGGGUUUUAAACUAGUUUAUAAAUUGGCUGAUGAUUCCGGACUAGUUCUUUCGCGUUAUGGUGAAUAUCUUUACAAGAAUGUUAUUAUCUUUGCACCAAGUGUUGAGGAGUUCGGAGGAGAACUUAGCGUCGAAAAGUUAACCGAAUUCGUUGACGAUGGUGGUAAUGUGUUAGUAGCUGCCAGUGAGCAAUCGGGUGAUGCUUUACGUGAAUUCGCUUCAGAAUGCGGUUUUGAAGUGGACGAAGAGGGCGCAGCUGUUAUUGAUCACUUAAACUAUGACGCGUCUGAUGCUGGUGAUCACACUACUAUUUUAACUGCAGCGCGUAAUCUGAUAGACGCCCCAAUCAUUGUAGGUACUAAAAAGAGCGCUCCUUUAAUUUAUCGAGGUACUGGUCUGCUAGCCGACAAAGAAAAUCCUUUAGUAUUGCAAUUGCUCACUGGUGAAAGUACAGCAUACAGCUAUAAUCCAGAAAAUUCCGUGAAAGAGUACCCACAUGCAGUGGGACGCGAAACAUUACUCAUUGCCGCUUUGCAAGCACGAAAUAAUGCGCGUGUUAUAUUCUCGGGAUCACUACACUUCUUUUCUGAUGAAGCAUUUACCGCACCUGUACAAAAUGCGCAAGAUGGUAUAACCCACAAGCAAGCAAGUAAUCAGGAAGUGGCUACUGCGAUCAGUAGAUGGGUAUUUGGUGAAAGUGGACGACUGCGUGUAUCUACGGUGAGUCAUCACAAGGAGGGAGAAUCACUGCCACCAGAGCAAGCCUACACAAUAACUGAUCCAGUUGUCUAUACAAUAACAAUAGAAGAGUUGGUGGAGGAAAAAUGGCAGCCUUUCAAAGCAAAUGAUGUGCAAUUGGAAUUCGUUCGCAUUGAUCCAUUUAUACGCACUACGCUUAAGCAAAUCAACGGGGGCCGUUAUGAAGCCAAAUUUAAAAUACCUGAUGUAUAUGGAGUGUACCAAUUCAAGGUAAACUACGAUCGAGUUGGUUAUACACACCUUUACAAUACCACCCAAGUAUCGGUGCGUCCACUUGAACACACUGAAUAUGAACGUUUCAUACCAAGCGCAUUUCCGUACUACACUAGUGCUUUUUCCAUGAUGAUUGGUGUGUUUAUAUUCUCAUUUGUAUUCUUACAUUUCAAGGAGGAAGGCAAUGUAGUUUCCACAAGGAGUGGCAAAGGAGAAGAUAAAAAAAUACAAUAAAUAUAAAAGAACUUCUCACAAUGUGGGAAAAAAUAAAAAAUAAAUUUAUUAAUUAUAUAAAAUAAUUUGUUUACACAAAUAAAAACUAUAAUUUCACAUUAAUAUAAAUGAA